AUGUCGCGCACACAAAGGGCGCUGUCGAGGCUGUCGAGGCUGCGGCUGCCGUCGAUGCGGGCCGAGUCGAGUCGCCCUUCGCUGCCGCACACGCCGGCGUCGUCCAACUCGGUCGACUCGCGCCCGCUCAAGCACGCUCGCCGCCAGAGUCGCUCCUUCUCAACCUUCUUCUCGUCCCCUCUGUCGCCCUCGCCCUCGCCCUCGCCCUCGCCCGCGCCUCCCUCGUCGUCGUCCAGGCGCAUCGCCCUCAAGCGCACCAACUCGUUCCCGGCGCUCAUCGAGUACCCCAAGUCGCCAGCCGCCUCCAUCUUCCCCGACAACCUCGACCGCGACAGCUGGGGCGCCCCUCGCGACGUCACGCUCCGCCUCGAGAAGGCCAACCUCGAGUCGACCUACUCGCCCGCCGCGACGACGGCGACGACGGCGCCCAUCGUCCCCUUCCCUCGCUCAGCCGCACCGACCCAUCACCACGCCCAGACGCACCGCUCGUUCCGCCUCGACGACGACGACCUCGUCGUAUACGACACGCCGCCCGAGGUCUCGCGCUUCUCGUCGUCGACCGAGGACCACUCGUGCGACACGACGACGACCAUGAGCGUCUCGUCGUGCGCCUCGUCGUCCAUCGUCGCCCCGCUGUCGCACCGCGCCGUCCUCGACGUCUUUACGGCACCGAGGGACAGCGUCGGCGAGCCGCUCGACCUCGACUAUGAGCUCGAGAGGGGCAUCCCGCGCUCGUCGCCGCCGUCGCCCCAGGUCUACCGCCACCAGCCCGUCGUGUCGCACCCUCACGCGUACCUCGGCGACGUCUCGAUGGCCUCGCCGACGCCUGUGCCGAGAGGGCCGAGCGCGCGCAAGUGGGCCAAAUCGUCGACCUCGUCCUCGUCGCGCGACGUCAUGGACCCGGCGAUGGAGGGCUUCUCGUUCGCGGCAACGUCCGCCGUCGUCCUCGGCGCCGACGCGCUCCUGUCGAGCAAAAACAGGCCGACGCCGCCGCCGACGCCGCGCAUCGUGCCCGUCGGCGCCAACACGCCGUCGCCGUUCCUCCUGCCGCGCCCAGUCGCCGCCGGCUCGCCGUCGCUGUCGAGCCUGAUCCUCGAGGACCUCACGACCGAGUUCAACAAGGUCGCGCCCGUCGAGCUGCCGUGCGGCUUCGACCUCCCGUCGACACCCAUCUCGCCCUCGUCGCCCGUCUGGCACGGUCGUCCCGUCCCGACCUUUGCGCCGUCGCCGCCGUCGACCCCUCGUCCGGCGGCCGGUCCCGACACGCCCACGCCCGUCGCCUUCCCACCGGCCUUCCCCUUCCGCUGCCCCUCGCCCCCGCCGAGCUGCGCCCGCAAGCCGAGUCGCACGCAGGUCGCGCCCCUCUCGAUCUCGCCCUCGCCGCUCCCUCGCACAAACUGCCCCUCGACUUCCUCGACUUGCACCUCGACCUCGACCUCGUCCAACUCUCUCUCGCCGUCCCUCACGAGCACCUCGUCCCUCUCACUCUUCUCGCCCUUCACUUUCGGCUCGGCGUCGGCGUCGGCGUCCGACAUGGGCUCGUUCCCCUCGCCGCCGACCUCGCCCGCGUCGAGCACGGCCUACUACCCUCGUGGCGCCGGCCGCAUGAGGCCCAAGGUGCUCCCGCCGAGCCCCGAGUCGGUCGUCAUGGUCGAGGCGGUGUCGAACCGUCGCUUCUGA